AAUUAAAAUAGAAAAAUGGAAAAUCGGUAGCAAAAAAUCAGAAGUCAAUCGUUUCCUACCCAAACUAAACGGCUCUCAUCCACUCUUCCACUUGACCAUUCUAUCCCAAUCUAACCGUCGCCUAAUCGCCUUUUCUCUUCCCCUCUUUUGUUCUCUUCUUCCUCCGUCACCGGCGAUUGCCAGAAAACCGUCCAACCAAAAAUAUCCAAACUUUCAAGAACCAAAUCAUAACGCACACCACAACCCAUAUCAUCCAUUAAUAAAUCCACAAAACCCACCAAAAGCUAAAAACAGAGACGACCCGAAAGCCACACACCACCACUCUCCCAACCCCAAUUCUCUUCCUCCUCCUCCACAGCAGCCAUGGCGGCUUCGGCUUCUUCCACAUUCUCCCAAUCCCUUCUCUCCCGGGCGAUUCCCAAUCACCCUGCGACCCACAAUUCCGCCCUCCCGCCUCACUCCCUCUCCUUCCUCUCCGCAGUCAAGCCUUCCCUCCCUUCCGCCAGAGCCGCCGCCUCUUCCUCCCGCCGCCGCUCGACCCGAUCGAGAUCCUCCUGUGCUGUUGUCCGCGCUGCGGCCGUGGAGACUCUGCAGAAGACUGACACCGAGUUGGUGGAGAAAUCGGUGAACACGAUUAGGUUUCUGGCGAUUGAUGCCGUGGAGAAGGCGAAUUCCGGCCACCCGGGCCUGCCCAUGGGUUGCGCCCCGAUGGGUCACAUAUUGUAUGAUGAGGUGAUGAGGUACAACCCCAAGAACCCUUACUGGUUCAACAGGGAUAGGUUUGUUCUGUCAGCUGGGCACGGCUGCAUGCUGCAGUACGCCCUGCUUCACCUUGCUGGCUACGACGCCGUGAAGGAAGAUUUGAAGCAGUUUCGUCAAUGGGGAAGCCAGACCCCUGGCCAUCCUGAGAACUUUGAAACACCUGGAGUUGAAGUGACAACUGCUGUAGGUCCUUUGGGUCAGGGAAUUGCCAAUGCUGUUGGUUUGGCUCUUGCCGAGAAGCACUUGGCUGCAAGAUACAACAAACCCGAUGCAGAGAUUGUCGAUCACUACACGUAUGUGAUUCUUGGAGAUGGAUGCCAAAUGGAGGGAAUUGCAAAUGAGGCAUGCUCCCUUGCGGGGCAUUGGGGACUCGGCAAGCUCAUUGCUUUCUACGACGACAAUCACAUCUCGAUCGAUGGAGACACAGAGAUUGCAUUCACGGAGAAUGUUGACGCUCGUUUCGAGGCGCUCGGAUGGCAUGUGAUCUGGGUGAAGAACGGUAACACUGGGUAUGAUGAGAUCAGAGCUGCCAUUGAGGAGGCCAAGGCUGUCAAAGACAAGCCUACCAUGAUCAAGGUCACUACUACCAUCGGUUUCGGAUCACCAAACAAGGCGAACUCUUACAGUGUCCAUGGAGCUGCAUUAGGUUCUAAAGAAGUCGAAGCCACGAGGCAGAACCUCGGCUGGCCCUUCGAGCCAUUCCACGUUCCGGAGGAUGUUAAGAAGCAUUGGAGUCGACACACUCCCGAAGGAGCAGCACUCGAAGCCGAGUGGAACGCGAAAUUCGCCGAGUACUCGAAGAAGUACCCAGAGGAAGCAGCAGAAUUGAAAUCCAUCACGACUGGUGAACUCCCAUCCGGUUGGGAAUCCGCACUCCCAACUUACACCCCCGAGAGCGCUGCAGACGCAACACGAAACCUCUCGCAACAAAACCUGAACGCACUCGCCACGGUUCUCCCCGGCUUCCUUGGAGGAAGUGCUGAUCUCGCUUCCUCCAACAUGACUCUGAUGAAAGCCUUUGGCGACUUCCAGAAGUCCACCCCCGAGGAACGAAACCUCCGGUUCGGAGUACGUGAGCACGGUAUGGGCGCCAUCUGCAAUGGGAUAGCACUCCACAGCCCGGGAUUCAUCCCUUACUGCGCCACAUUCUUCGUCUUCACCGACUACAUGAGAGGAGCCAUGAGAAUCUCAGCAUUGUCGGAAGCAGGAGUGAUCUACGUGAUGACCCACGAUUCAAUUGGGCUUGGAGAAGAUGGGCCGACCCAUCAGCCCAUCGAGCACAUUGCCAGCUUCAGGGCAAUGCCGAACAUCUUCAUGUUCCGGCCGGCUGAUGGGAACGAGACCGCCGGAGCGUACAAAAUCGCAGUGGAGAGCCGAAAGACGCCUUCGGUCCUCGCCCUCUCGAGGCAGAAGCUGCCCCAGCUUCCGGGAACAUCGAUCGAGGGCGUUGCCAAGGGAGGGUACGUGAUCUCGGACAAUUCGACAGGGAACAAACCGGAUGUCAUUCUUGCCGGGACAGGUUCGGAGUUGGAGAUCGCGGCGAAGGCUGGAGAUGAGCUGAGGAAGGAAGGGAAGGCGGUUCGAGUCGUGUCUUUGGUUUCGUGGGAAUUGUACGAUAAGCAGAGUGAUGAGUACAAGGAGAGUGUUUUCCCGGCAGGUGUAACGGCUAGGGUCAGCAUUGAGGCUGCAUCCACAUUUGGGUGGCAGAAGUUUGUGGGAGACAAGGGGAAAGCCAUUGGUAUCGAUAAGUUCGGCGCCAGUGCUCCGGCGGGGAAGAUUUAUAAGGAGUAUGGAUUGACAGUAGAAGCUGUCAUUGAAGCUGCAAAAUCGUUUUUCUAAGCCUCUUCUCCUUCUUCCCAUGAAUGCUACUCUUGGAGUGUGGAAGAAACAGAGUUCUCUGCCUGUUUUGUAGACCAACGCGAAACAAGAUCAAUAGGCAUCAUCAAAUAAAAAAAGGUGGGGACUUUUGCCAGGUGAAACAAAGAUCAGGGAGCUUUCUUAUGUGGGUAAUAAGGAACUGAGCCAUGUUAGUGAUAGAAAAGGGCUUCUUUCAGUUAAGGGGAAGUUGUUUGGACUUGGAUUCAUGGUGGAAUGGCUGUUUUUCUUAACGAGGAGUUGUUUCUUGAUGUGUUCUUAAACACGAGACUGUAAUAUCUCUGAUUUUGUAGAGCUUGUUGAGACAACCAACGAUCAAUGGUGUGGGUUCUUUUACUACUGUGGAUUGCCACUGUUACUGUAUUGCUCGGUUGUUGAAUCGUACCGGCAGAUAACCGGAAAUUUUCCAGAAAUACCACUAAAAUAAAAGAAAAUUGCAACAAUA